AUAAAAUACAUUUUUUCCUUUUAAUUGAAAAUUUAAAACAUUUUUAAAGUACCUUCUCAUUAUCUAUAAAAGAUAUUUUAUAGUAAUGUCAGUGAUUAAUGUCGUGAUGGUAUAUCAGAUUAAAGUACAAUAUUACACGAAUAGUGAUUUCAUUUGUCCUGAAGUGAACAAUUUUCCAAACAGAGAAACUGAUUUAUUUUUAAUUAUAUAAGUGAUAAAUUGUUUAAAAAUCAAUUAUUUACAAUGAGUAUUAUGAAAAUAAGUAUUAUUUAUUAAUUAUCUUCGAGAAAUAAUUUAUUUGUCUACAAAAUAUCAAUUAGUAGUAACGAUGUUUUAAGCUAUCAAGUUCCUCAUUGAGAAUUAAUAACAAUAAAACGACGAGUAAUAAUAAUAAUACUAUAGAGGAAGCAGCUAUUAUCAAAUACAUGUUUGAUACAAUUCUUUGUAACAAAUUCAAGAUUAAUUACACGAUUGCAGUGAAGCUCGAGUGUGAAUAGGUAAUCACUUUUGAUUAGAUAUCAAAUAAUGAAAGUCAUUUAAUGUGAAAUGAUGAAUAAACCUUGAAAUUAUUUUCCUUGAUAUUCUGAAAAUUUUGGUUUUUUUUCUUUUUUUUUGAAAAAGCAGGUCAACAAGAAUUUCGUAUAUAAAUUACGUUGGAAAUAAAAAUCUUUUUCAUAAGCUCAAAAAUGUUGUUUGUGUCAAUAUUGAUGUUUGUGAGAUUGGUGGUGGCGUAUCACAAUCCUCAUUAUGUGCCAGGCCAUGACACAAUGGUCCAUCUCUUCGAGUGGAAAUGGAAAGAUAUUGCUGAUGAGUGUGAAAAAUUUUUGGGGCCAGUCGGUUAUGGUGGUGUACAGGUUUCGCCCAUUCAAGAAAAUGUUAUCGUCGCAAAUAGACCGUGGUGGGAGCGUUAUCAGCCGAUAAGUUACAAGUGGAAAACAAGAUCUGGAGAUGAGAAUGAUUUCAAAAUAAUGGUACACAGGUGUAAUCGAGCAGGAGUGAGAAUUUACGUUGAUAUUAUUUUGAAUCACAUGACUGGCGAUCAGCCAAUUAAUUUAGGAACAGGAGGCUCAACAGCUGAUACGAAAAAUUUGAAUUAUCCAGCUGUACCUUAUGGGCCCAAUAAUUUUCAUUCAAAGUGCGAGGUUAAUAACUACACAGAUGCUGAUAAUGUCAGGAAUUGUCAGCUUGUAGGUUUACAUGACCUAGAUCAGUCUCAGGAAUAUGUUAGAAAUAAAAUGAUAGAUUUUAUGAAUGCUGCUAUUGACGUUGGCGUUGCUGGAUUCCGUAUUGAUGCUGCAAAGCACAUGUCGCCGAAGGAUUUAAAGCAAAUUUUCUCGAAAUUGAAAAAUUUACCUAAAGACGAAGGAUUUUCCGAAGGUUCUCGACCAUUUAUCUUUCAAGAAGUGAUAGAUUAUGGUGGUGAGAAAAUUUCCACAAAGGAAUAUAAUGAAUUGGGAGUUGUUACGGAAUUUAAAUAUGGCUCUGAAUUGAGUAAUGUAGUUAGAGGAAAUAAUGCUUUGAAAUGGUUGGUCAACUGGGGCGAAGCAUGGGCACUAUUACCAUCGAAGGAUGCUCUCGUCUUUAUUGAUAAUCACGACACUCAACGUAACAGAAACUCUAUUUUAACAUACAAAGACUCGAAAUUAUACAAGGUGGCCGUUGCAUUCAUGUUGGCUCACACAUACGGCAUUCCUCGCGUAAUGAGCUCCUUCAGUUUCACUGAGUUCAAUACUGGACCGCCGGCUGAUAAGAAUGAGAAUAUUAUUUCACCUGAUAUAAGAGCAGACAACACGUGUGGCAAUGGUUGGAUUUGCGAGCAUCGAUGGCGUGAAAUUUAUAAUAUGGCCAAAUUCCGCAAUGCAGUAAAAGGCACAAACAUUGAAUCGUGGUGGGACAACGGAAACUAUCAGAUUAGCUUCUGUCGCGGGAAUAUUGGCUUUUUCGCCAUUAAUCUCGAGAAACACGAUUUAAAUCGAGUACUUCGCGUUUGUCUUCCGGCUGGCGUUUAUUGUGACGUUAUUUCCGGCGAUUUACAAAAUGGUCACUGCACUGGCAAAAAAGUCCACGUCAAUCAAAACGGUGAGGCGAACAUUCAAAUAAAACAUGACGAAUUCGACGGUGUUCUUGCAAUUCAACGAAAUGUAAGAGAAUAAAAUUCAAAUCUCACUGUGAUUUAUGGAAAUACUCAAGAGAACAAAAAUAGUAUUUUUUAACAAGUUUAUUUUAACAGAAACAAAGUGUAUGUAUAUUGUGUUUUUCUCUUUUCACCAUUAAUUUCUACUAUACAUAAUAUGAUCCGUUAAUCAUAAAAAUUAUACACGACAAAUUUGUGAAAACAAAUCGAUUUUACAAAAAAAAAAAAAAAAAUGCAAAAAAAAUGCAAAAAAAUAGAAAAGAAAAGAAAAUUACAAAGAAAAGAGUGAAAGACAAAAGAAGACAUGGAGCGGAAAUUAUAAUAUAUAGGAAAAUUAUAGAGAAAGAAUUAUCACAAAAUAGCCGCAACACUUUUCAUUCUAGCAUCCAUUCCAUCUUUUCAUAUACGUUUCUUCUUUUUUUAACAAAUUUUUCUUUACAGUUUCAUUAUUAAAAAUUCGUUUAAAGUUAAUUUUAAGGAUUAAUUUGAAAUAUUAACUUUUUAAAAUUCAUUUAAGGAAUUAAA